UAUUGAUCUAAUAGCCCAAUAAAGCUGGAUAUUACAAAGGGUAAAAUCCCAAAUGAAAGCCCGCAAAAUUUCACGUCCAGCGACAACGAGACUGAGCUGGGCUCGUGCUUUUGGUCGAAUUGCUUCUUCAACCAGUGAAGCAAACAAGCAAAUCGUAGAUCCUCGAAUCGAAACGUGAAUUCUCAAGUAGUUCAGGUAAUUCACUGCUGAUAUUCAUUUGUAGAUCGAGAGCAAAGCAGUAGUAAAUUAGCGAAGCUAAGCAAUAUUUGAAAGAAUGGGUAAGCAACCCAGCGCAUGGAUUACAACCCAGCAGAAAAAGAGAUGGCCACUGAUGAUUCUAUUACUCCUUUCUCUAUCAACACUCAUGGCCUUCCUCAUCAGAUCCACCUUCGAUUCUUGCAGCAACGGUUCUAGUAACAAUGUCGGCAAUUUCAUCCGAGAAGGACAAGCAGAAGAAAAAGGGGGUACCCACCAUCAAGUUAACCACAAUGACGAAGCACCAACUCCAAAUCCUCUCGAUUUCAUGAAGUCAAAACUCGUUCUCUUAGUCUCUCACGAACUCUCCCUUUCCGGUGGGCCUUUAUUGUUAAUGGAACUUGCAUGUCUGCUAAGAGAAGUUGGCGCUGACGUUGUCUUGGUAACUAACCAGAAACAAACCGAAUCUGAUGACAUCAUUUACAGUUUAGAACAUAAGAUGUUGAAUCGAGGGGUUCAGGUUUUCUCUGCCAAAGGUCAAGAAGCUAUAGAUACUGCUCUAAAGGCUGAUUUGGUAGUUUUGAACACUGCGGUUGCUGGGAAGUGGCUGGAUGCUGUUCUUAAAGAACAUGUUGCUGAUGUUCUUCCAAAGGUUCUCUGGUGGAUUCAUGAAAUGCGAGGACAUUACUUCAAGCUAGAAUAUGUUAAGCACCUCCCUUUAGUUGGAGGUGCCAUGAUUGAUUCACACACCACAGCAAAUUACUGGAAAAACCGGACUCGGGAACGAUUAGGGAUUAAAAUGCCUGAAACAUACGUUGUGCACUUAGGAAACAGCAAGGAACUAAUGGAAGUGGCUGAAAAUAGAGUUGCCAAACUGGUUCUCCGUGAGCAUGUUCGUGAAUCUCUUGGCGUGAAAAAUGAAGAUCUAGUCUUUGCUCUUAUAAAUAGUGUUUCCCGAGGGAAGGGUCAGGACCUAUUUCUACGUUCAUUUCAUGAAAGUUUGAAGUUGAUCCAGGAGAGCAAACUAAAGGUGCCACCAAUUCAUGCGGUGAUAGUGGGAAGUGACAUGAAUGCUCAGACAAAGUUUGAAACAGAGCUGCGUAACUUUGUAUCACAGAAUAAUAUGCAGGGUCGAGUUCACUUUGUUAAUAAAACCCUAACUGUAGCUCCUUAUCUGGCUUCUAUUGAUGUUCUUGUUCAAAAUUCUCAGGCCCGGGGAGAGUGUUUUGGAAGGAUAACAAUAGAAGCUAUGGCCUUUCAGCUUCCUGUCCUGGGCACAGCUGCCGGUGGCACCAUGGAGAUAGUGGUAAACGGGACAACAGGCUUGUUGCAUCCUGCUGGCAAAGAAGGCGUGAUGCCCCUCUCAAAUAACAUCGUGAAACUAGCUACAAAUGUAGAGAAGAGGCUGACGAUGGGGAAGAAAGGAUAUGAAAGGGUGAAAGAGAGAUUUUUAGAGCAUCACAUGUCCGAAAGAAUUGCCAAGGUUCUGAAGGAAAUACUGCUGCACAAGGCAAAGCGCCACUCUGAGUCUUGAAAACUUUGCUUCACUGUUCAGUGCCUUCAUCAUCCGGUACUAAAGUUGCUCUCUGCUGUUUUUGUCAGGCAUCUGAUGAAUAAUAAACUUGAGGGUAAAAUCUAUUUGUAUAUUAUGUAGCAAGUGGGGGGAAAACUGUAGAUAAUCAUGUUAUGAUACCCAUUUUUCAUUCUUUUUUACGUUUAAAUUUAUUCUUUUAUACGUAAAUCUAGAGACAGAAAAAUUGUGAUUCUUAAAUUGGUUGGAUUCAAGAUUCCCAGUGCAAUGGUUGAUAUAUUUCCCCUUGAAA